AUGGCAGUUUUGAGAAGCCCAAAACCAUUACCCUGUAGCGAAGAAGAACUACGAGAAAUGGCUUCUCAGUGCAGGACUCCGUUUUAUGUUUACGACAAGGAAAAACUAUUGAACGGAGCCAAGUACUUCAAUGAUAGCUUCUCCUGGGUGCAAUUACUGACCGGAACGAAGUUUAAGAACCACUUUGCAGUCAAGUCAACGCCGAAUCCGAUGAUUUUAAAGAUUCUACGCGAAAAGUGUGAUAUGGGAAUGGACUGCAUUUCACUAGGAGAGCUCAUGAUCUGUGAAAAGCUGGGAAUUAAAGGCGAAGAUAUCAUGUUUACUUCAAAUAACACACCUUUAGAAGAAUACCGAAAGGCCUUUGAGAUGGGAGCCAUAAUCAAUUUGGACGACAUUUCCCAAAUUGACAACGUCAAGAAAGCGCUGGGAGGUGCCAUGCCUGAGAUCAUUUCAUUUCGUUUCAAUCCAGGUCCAAAUCACAACAUUAAAUAUAAUGAACACAUUGGUAACCCUGCCGAAGCGAAAUUUGGAAUGACUAAAGCCCAGUUGUUCUCUGCCUUCAAGAAGUGCAAGGAAUGUGGCGUGAAGCGCUUUGGCUUGCACACGAUGAUAGUAACAUGUUCUCUGAACAUCUUGGAUCUCGCUGAGACUGCUCGGAUGAUGUUUACACUGGCGGUGGAAAUCAAGAGCGAGACAGGAAUCAGUGCUGAGUUUGUCAAUAUGGGAGGUGGUAUCGGUGUGAAUUACCAUCCUGAUGACAAACCUAUCGACCUUCAUGAUCUUGGUGUCCGAGUGAAAUCCUUGUACGAAGAAAUCGUAUUGCAACAGAACGAUCUUCACCCGCUACAGAUAAAGUAUGAAUGUGGUGCCAUUGUGACUGCAGAUAAUGGUUGGCUGGUGACUCGUGUUAGAAACAUGAAAGACACUUACAAACGUUUCCUAGGCGUCGAUGCUUCCGUGACCGAUUUCUCGCUUCCGGGAACAUAUGGUUCUUACCACAAGGUCACCAUUGUCAAAGAUCAGUUUCUUUCAAAUGAAGUGCGAAAGAACCUUCCUGAUUACAAGACCAUAUUUGACGACCCUUCCUACGCUUGUCCGAAUCACGAAGGCGACAAGAGAGAGCGAAUGUUUGACGUGGUCGGCUCCACUGGCAGAAACAAAGAUAAAUUUGCUGUUGACCGGGUGCUGAAUCUAAAUCCUGAAAUUGGUGAUCUCUGUAUCAUUCAUAGCGCUGGUGCCUACGGGUACGCAUUGAGUUGCAACUUCAACGGGAAAUUGCAACCCGCAGAGAUUUUGCGUGUUGGUCCUAACCGUUUUGAACUGAUCCGUCGAGCGCAAACAUACGAUGACUACUUCGCCACGAUGAAAUUUCCCUAG